AUGGUACACACCGGAGUCGCUACCAAGGAAUCUGUGCUUCCCGGCAAUGGAAGCCCCCGACGUGGCAGCGACCAGGCUUGUGGCACAGUCACACGAGCGGCAACUGGCAGCGCUUGUGACGACGCCCAAGACCUGGCGGCCAGAAUAGAAGCUCUGUCCGAGUCGCUGCACAACUCGUUGCCCCUAGGUUUGAUUCCCUAUAAACUGGCCGAGGCGCUUCGACACCACUCCAACCAUCGUCUCCAACUAGCAAGAGAACAAGGCAUUAAACUCGAGCAUCUUUACAUCGGCACAGACUGUCUUCCUACGUGGAGCACUCUCUAUUGGGACCCCGAGAACGAGUCCCUCCAUAACACAAUACAAAUGCACCUCCUCCACCUUCAGCUUGCUCAAAAGUUGGGAGAGUUUCUGCAGCAGCAGAUUCGAGACAAGAGCAAUCGGAGGUUGCGUCAGGCUCUGGCGCUGGGCAUCAAACUCGAAAACAUAUUCAUCGGCGAAUGCGACAGCUUGGAAACCGUCGUUGGUCCUAUUGCAGACCUGUCCGACCCGGGUGCUUGGCAGCCUUCUGAUUCCGAAGGCCCGGUCUCGUUUCGGGACCUGGCACCGAGCAACAUCUAUGACAGUGACGAGGACGACGAACAACACCACCCCGACGAAAUAUACAUGAACAACCACGUGGAUACACAGCCGAUUUACGACGAAUAUGGAAAUUCCAACAUUGUCCACGACGUGGAGAUUGUUGGUGGCCAUGGCCAGCAUGACACUGUCGACCUGGGAGUAUAUAUGGCAGUGGACGAUGAAGAAGUACAAGACCUGCCAGAGGUAGAAUUGGCCAUGGAUAGGAAGAGCUUUGAACAACAUUUCGGAGAUGACGAUGCGGUUGACGUUCAUAUUCCAGACAUGGAAAUAUUCUGCUUCGACAAGAUUGAGGAAUACGACGACGACGACAUGCAUGAAGAUAAUAACAAGCAACAAGACACUUUGAGGGUAGAGCCACCGCGUUAUAUGGAACUAGAUGAUGAUGGCAGUCACGGUGAAGACGACGACAUCUCACAAGGAAAUGCUAUGGACAUUUGUGGAUCAGAUGACAGUUUGUCCGAUUCGGAGAUGCUGAGUGAGGAGGAGUAG